CCUUUUUCUUGCCUCAUUUUCCAUAUUUCUUCAUUUAUCUCUUUCCUUUCUCAUCUUUUAUUUUCCUUUUCCAUUGAUCUCUCUCUCUCUCACCAUUCUCUUCCUUUAUAUAUACCAGAUCCGUCUUCUUCGUUUUCUUAUUUAUUUUUUCUCGAAUCGAAUCGUUUCAAUCAGAAAUCUCGCCGGAGUUUGGAUCUACUUUUGUUUUUUUUUUUUGGAAAUUUUCCGGUUAUGGCGGAAGAACACAGACUUCAAGAACCAAAACUAUGUGCUAACAAUUGUGGUUUCUUCGGAAGCACCGCUACGCAAAAUCUCUGUUCUAAAUGUUUUCGAGAUGGUCAACAUGCACAACAAAACUCAUCCUCUGCUAAACUCGCUCUUAACCAAUCCUUAGCCGCCGUCGCUGUUUCUUCCGGUGGUGGUGUCGCGUCCUCUUCUGUGUCAUCAUCAUCAUCAUCAUCACCGAUUGAAACCGAUCUGAAAGAAACGAACACUGGGAAACGAGCGGCUGAGACGGAGGUGGAGGAGGAAGAGGAAGUGGUUCCGCCGCAAGAUCCGAAACGGUGUUUGACUUGCCGGCGGCGAGUUGGGAUCACGGGGUUUCGUUGUAGGUGUGGUUUUGUUUUCUGUGGGACGCAUAGGUAUGCGGAGAAGCAUGAGUGUUCGUUUGAUUUCAAACGGGUGGGGAAGGACAAGAUUGCUAAGGCGAAUCCGAUUGUGAAAGCGGAUAAGCUCGAGAAGAUUUGAGUUUGUUGUUUGUUUUGUUGCUUGUUGCUUUGUUUGUGAGUUUGAAUGAAAACAAACACACACAUGAAGAAACAUAUGCGUCAAUGUAAAAAAAAAUUAAUCAGUCAUUUUAAAUUUAAGCUUAUUUGAUUUCUUUCAGUUUGGUUUUUACAUUUGCAUUGUUUAGAUUUGAUCAUGAAAUGGGUAGAAUUGGGUUUGGUUUGGUUGGUCA